UGUGAAACGCGUAGUUUGAUGUGUUGUCCUUUCAUGAUGUAUGAUAAUAUUUGAUUGUACGAUUUCUAUCAUAUGCUAAUUUUACCAAUUACGCUUUCGGAUCGUUUCUUUCUCGUGCAUGGAAGAUGCAGGCUGAAGUCGCUGUAGGCCUGGUUUCGCCAAAAUAUAGGAGAAAAAUGUAUUAAUGUCAGUACCUGAACAACUAUGCACCUACCUCUCUCCUAAUUAAACAACUGUCAACUGAUAACAAGUUAAGGUUAAUGUUGAGCUAGGGGAGGGACAAAUGCGCAGUUGGCCAGAUACUGACUUGGUCUAGAAAAAUUUUCCUCUCAACAAGCUUAAAUUUGUUUCGUUUCGAUUCCUACACUCUCCAAAUUCAAAACUUUUGAAAACAGCAAAUGACUAUGCUCCAACGCCUCAACUGGAUGCUACAUGUAAAGCAGCUAUGUUGUUACAACACUGGGCUGCAUUCUCUAAUAAAUCUUUAUCAAUUUUCCUUUUUCAAGAGUCAGUUCUGUAUUGAACCGCGAUUCUAACCAGUAUGGAAAGAAAUACAUGUUUGAUAAAAAUGAAGACACUUGUUGGAACUCAGAUCAAGGUUCACCUCAAUUUGUUAUCCUGGAAUUUCCAGAAGAAGUUUGUGUGAAGGAAGUUCAGAUUCAGUUUCAGGGUGGAUUUGUAGGAAAGGAGUGUUGUCUUGAAGGUGGAACAUUAUCUAGCAGCUUAACACCAUUCUUUGAAUUUUAUCCAGAUGAUUUUAAUACACUUCAGACUUUUCCAGUCACAAUUUCAAGGAGGAUGAAAGUUUUAAAGAUCUUAUUUUCAAGUAGUACGGAUCUUUUUGGAAGAAUUACAAUUUACAAGCUUGAUGUGUUAGGCUGCUGACAUCCAUUCUUCAAUACCUGAAUUACAUGCUUGUACAUACCAACAUUCCUGCAUAUCAUGAAAAAUAAAAUUCUAGUUUUUAA